UCUUUUGCUAAAACAUAAUAUGUUAUGGCACCAAUAAUGCCCAAUCGCGCUCUCACAUUCUUUUGCUGCAUUCUCACCUUCUUACAUUUGCUUCUCUACUGCACUUCACUCUCCCAAGACGGCUUAAUUCUGCUUAAGAUAAAAAGGGGGGAUUGGAGGGACAAGCGAAAUGCUUUGAGCGACUGGAAUGAGUCUCAUAAAAAUCCAUGUGCUUGGACAGGUAUCUCCUGUGAUACUUUCAACACCGUUACCGCUGUUGAUCUCACUGGGGCCUCCAUUUCUGGCAACCUCACUUCCGCUAUAUGCGCCCUUUCUAAUCUCACUGCCUUGUCUCUCCAAAGCAAUGAUUUCACCGCUCCCUUCCCGCGCGCCCUUUUGCAUUGCAAAGGUUUGCACAAGCUCGAUUUGUCGAGCAACCACUUUGCUGGAACGCUGCCUUCUCGUAUCUCUGAAUUGAGUGAAUUGAGAGAGUUAAACUUGUCAUUUAAUGCUUUCAGUGGCUCCAUUCCUCAAGCCUUCGGAAUGCUGCCAAAGCUCGAGGCUCUCUUCUUCCACGACAAUAGUUUGAGUGGACCAUUCCCUAAUUUUGUCGGGAAUCUGAAGUCUCUGAAGAACCUCACGUUUGACAAUAAUCCUCUGCGUCCUUCUGUGCUACCCACAGAGCUUGGCAAUCUAAAGAAACUGCAGCAGUUAUGGCUACAAAACUGUAGUCUUGUGGGCCGAAUCCCGACUUUCUUGGGAAAUUUAACCCAGCUGGAGGAGUUGGAUUUGUCUUGGAAUCAUCUCUCCGGUGCUAUUCCGGCCAGUUUAAUGGCUCUUGAGAAUUUGACAUUAUUGUUUCUCUAUGACAACAAUUUGUCUGGGCAAAUUCCGGCCGACGUUGGUCAACUGAGGAGCUUGUCCGAGUUGGAUUUUACCGACAAUCAACUUUACGGCGCAAUUCCCGAUGGGGUCGGCAAUCUCACAUAUCUGAAUUUUCUACAAUUGUCUAGCAAUCGGCUUACAGGAGAGAUACCUGCUGAGGUCGGCAAGCUACGAUACUUGAGUUACUUGAAGCUGUACGGCAACAAGCUCAGUGGAUGGUUGCCUCAGAGUUUGGGUACAUUCUCCAAUCUCAUUCUUGUUGAUGUGGUGGGAAACGAAUUGGAAGGCCCUCUGCCAAAGAAUCUGUGUCGAGGAGGAGUCCUCUACAGUUUUCUUGGCUCUUCGAACAAUUUCAAUGGUAGUCUGCCUUCGUCCUUUCAAGACUGCAAUUCUCUAGAGUAUCUGUACAUCGAGAACAAUCAUCUGAGCGGCGAGAUUCCUCCUGAACUAUGGGGUGCUUCCAAUCUCAAGAAAUUGCUUCUCAGCAACAAUACGCUUGAAGGCCAGAUUUCAGCUGCAAUUGGUAAAGCGAAGAAUCUGAGUCGGUUGGAGAUAAGCAACAACGGGUUCGAAGGAAGAAUACCUACACAAUUUGGAAAGCUGACAAGACUUCAAGUAUUUGAAGCCAGUAACAACCGGUUGUCAGGGCCCAUUACUCAUGAGCUUGGGGCCUUAAGCUUGGUCAGUACUCUCCAGCUGGACCAUAAUUUUCUGUCAGGAGAAAUUCCCAUGGAAAUAACGUUGCUAAGGAAGCUCAGUCAGCUCAAUUUGGGUCACAAUCGACUUACAGGCGAAAUCCCUGCAGCUCUGAACGACAUCAUGAACAGUCUUCAUCUCUCAAACAAUUUGCUUUCUGGUGGUAUUCCGCCCGAAUUCGGACACCUGAAACUGAGUGUUUUCAAUGUAUCCAACAAUGACUUGUCUGGACGCAUUCCUGAGGCUCUCGACAUUCCGGUUUACAAGGAGGGUUUUCUGGGCAAUGCGAAGCUAUGCGGGGGUCAGAAUUUGAUGCUGCCUCCGUGUCCUUCUCGUCAUAAGCUAUUACCUCAGAGUUUAGCUACUAUCCUAUUACCGCCUUUACUUGUAGUGGCCGUGAGCGUGUGCUCCAUUUGUCUGUGUUGCUUGAUUUUCAGGAAGCCAAGAACCACGCCAUCGUGGAAAUUAACUCCGUUCCACUCGGCAGAUGUGGACGAGUUAUACAUCCUCCACAAUUUGAAGGAGAGUAACGUGAUUGGAUCUGGAGGUGCUGGAAAAGUUUACAAGGUCACUCUCCACAACGGGCAAGCCGUAGCCGUUAAGAAGAUCUGGAACAUGGGAGGAUCAAGACGAAGUUAUAGGAGAAAACGUGAGCUGCAAGAAGAGAAUAAAAGUGGGGAAGUGGAGGUGAAUACAUUGGGACUCAUCUGGCACAAUAACAUUUUAAAGCUUCUCUGUUGCAUUUCAAGUGAAGAUUCCUAUUUCAAGCUAUUGGUAUACGAGUUCAUGCCCAACGGCAGCUUGUUCGACCUUUUGCACGGUGGCUCAGGACCACAAACGCCGCUGCAAUGGCCGAUACGUUAUCAGAUCGCUCUUGACGCAGCUCGCGGGCUGAGUUAUAUGCAUCAUGAUUGCUUCCCUCCAAUAUUGCACAGGGAUGUGAAAUCCAGCAACAUCUUGCUGGACGGAGAUUUUGGAGCUAAAAUAUCGGAUUUUGGCUUAUCCAGAGUGCUUGAUAAGCUGGGCCAUCAGUACACGGUGUCUGGCUAUGUCGGGUCGCAUGGAUAUAUUGGAGUAGAAUACGUUGAGAGGUUAAGGGUAGAUGAGAAAAGUGACGUGUACAGUUUUGGAGUGGUAAUAUUGGAGCUGGUGAGCGGGAGGAAAGCGACGGGCGAGAGGGAGUAUGGAGAGGGCGUGGACAUCGUGGGUUGGAUACGCUGCACAAUUUGGAUGGGCGGAGAGAGAGAAGUGGUGGAUAAGAGGACUGUGGAUGAUAAUUGCGAAGAACAGAUGAUGCGCGUCUUACGUGUGGGUUUAGUUUGCACGAAGAGAGAGCCAUACCAGCGGCAUUGUAUGAGAGAAGUGGUGGAGAUGUUAGUGGCAUGCGGUGGGGACAAUCGUAGGGAGACAACGGAUGAAAGAAUAUGUCAACAUCCAGAAAGAAUUUCAAGACAAGGCUCCGAGAGUGGGAAUGAAGGGGUUUAA